UAGCUUUUUAAAAACUACGUUAGGCUUCAUCGAGAUUAAAGUCGACGGGGUAUUUCGGAAUUUUAUUGAAAUUUAAUUUUUACCUUGUUCAAGUAGAGUCAAUAAAUCAAGAUGGGGAAGAGACAACAUCAGUCAGACAAGAUGUAUCUGACUUCCAAGGAGUGGUCAGCAUUUUACGGUGGCAAGAAAACUGAAUCACAGAAAUCUGAGUUUCGGAGAUUACCAUUUGAUCAUUGCAGUCUAUCCCUUCAGCCUUUUGAGCACCCCUACUGUACUUCAGAUGGUAUCAUCUUUGAUCUUAUGAGUAUUGUGCCAUUCAUCAAGAAGUACAAGACCAACCCCAUCACAGGGCAGGCCCUUGAUGCUAAGUCACUGAUCAAGCUUCAUUUCCACAAGAACACUGACGGAAAGUACCACUGCCCUGUGACUUUCAAGGUGUUCAACCAGAAUACUCAUAUCGUCGCUGUGAAAACAACAGGCAAUGUGUAUUGUUUUGAAGCUAUUGAGCAGCUUAAUAUCAAGGCCAAGAACUGGAAGGAUUUGCUGACCGAUGAACCUUUCAAACGAUCAGAUAUCAUCACCAUACAAGACCCAAGCCAGCUGGAUAAGUUCAACAUCUCUACCUUCCAUCACAUCAAAAACAAUCUCAAAGUCGAAGAUGCAGCUGAGAUUCAAGCUAGGAAAGACCCAAAGUAUACCCUCAACAAGACAAAUGUGGAGACAGAGGACAUCUUGGGAACACUCUACAAAGAAUACCAGCCUACAGAAGAGAAAGAAGAAAAGAAACAGAAAGCAGAUAAGAUCAAUUCUGCACACUUCAGUACAGGUAGAGUGGCAGCUGGGUUCACCUCGACAGUUAUGGCCCCUCAAACCGUGCAUGAAGCAGCUGUAAUUGACGAAGACAUCAUACGGUAUGAGCGGGUGAAGAAGAAAGGCUAUGUUAGGAUGAAUACCAACAAAGGGACACUCAACAUUGAACUCAGGUGUGAUCUGGUACCAAAGACAUGUGAAAACUUCAUUCAGCUGUGUGCAAAAGGUUACUACAAUGGCACCAAAUUUCAUAGGUCAAUCAAGAACUUCAUGAUCCAAGGUGGAGAUCCAACAGGUACCGGAACUGGUGGCGAGUCAAUAUGGGGGAAACCGUUCAAAGAUGAGUUCAAGCCUAAUCUAAGCCACACCGGAAGGGGUAUCCUCAGUAUGGCCAACUCUGGUCCAGACACAAACAAGUCACAAUUCUUCUUCACAUUCAGAUCAUGCAAAUACUUGGAUGAAAAACACACCAUAUUUGGAAGCGUUGUUGGUGGUCUGGAUACAUUGACUGCCAUGGAGAAGGUAGAGACUGAUAAGAAAGACAGACCAGUGAAGGAUAUUAUCAUCCAAGACACUGUCAUCUUUGUCAAUCCGUAUGAAGAGGUUGAUAAAGAGAUUGCCGAGGAGAGAUUAAAACUGAAAGAAGAAGAAGAGACAAGAGAAAAGAAACCUUCCCAGUCUACAGCAAUAAUACCAGGGACGACAGACAAACCUCGGGUUUAUAGACCGGGGGUUGGCAAGUACUUGGCCCAAUUAUCAACGGAUACUCCUGACAGACCUUCCUCAAGUUCAACUUCAGAUCAACCAAGUAGCAGUGGAGUUACAAAGAGACCAGGAGAAGCAGAUAGCAGUAACCAAGGCAACAAGAAAAAGGUCAAAAGUUCAAUGAAUUUGAGUGACUUCAGUGCUUGGUGAUUAGACCCAUAAAAGCUGGGAAUAUUACUCUUCUGGAAAGAGACCAUGUUAUGCAAAAUGUAUGAUCUCUAUACAUUAGAGAUUUGGUCAUUGAUUGGAUGAUUUGUCAUUGUCAAUGGCCGUUUUUCUUUGUGGCAAUGGCCUCGGCAUGGUGUUAUAGGCUGAAAUAUUGUAAUACUCUAGCAAAUCAUGUGAUCAUUCCUUUACAUGGAAAUAUCCCAUAUGAUGAAAAAGGUAUCAAGAUCGAGCAGUGUUCAAAAUUGAGGUCAGUU